CUAUUAGAGCAGCCGCCGCGGAGCCGUCCCCGACGCCACCUCCUUCGCCGCCGCAGUUUCCUCCGCUGCUGUCGGGGGUGCGGAGCUGAGGGAAGAAGGCGAGCGCGCUGCGCACCACCCCGCCGGCUCGCCUCCCUCGCUCCGUUCCGCUCUCAGGGGUCGGCCGAGCACCCCCUCCUCCAGCCCGGGCGGGCCCGAGAAUCACCUGAAGAGAACGGGGAGGGGGCUCGGGGGCCGCGGCCUGCGCUCCCUGCGGGCGGUUGAGAGUGAAGGAGGCCCUCCCUUCUGACCAAGGGAGGGAGGGUCGGGAGCCCCCCCCUCUCCAGCUGAGCCCGGGGCGGGCGCCGGCGAGGGCCGGGCAGCAAGAGGGGUGGUUGUCUGGGGGAGGGGGCGCGGGGUGAUUCAGCGCCGGGCGAGGCGGAAGCGGCUGGAGGAGGAGAAGGAGGGGGAGAGGCCAGUCCGCUCCUGGGCGCCCGGGGUGGCACAAGCCCGCGGCCCGAGUGCGAGGCGGAGGCGAGGAGGCCGCGGGGACUGGAGGCGAGGCCGGCUGGGCCCCCGCAGCCAUGGAGAACGCGCACACAAAGACGGUGGAGGAGGUGCUGGGCCACUUCGGCGUCAACGAGAGCACAGGACUGAGCCUGGAGCAGGUCAAGAAGCUCAAGGAGAAAUGGGGCUCCAACGAGUUACCGGCUGAAGAAGGAAAAACCUUGCUGGAACUUGUAAUUGAGCAGUUUGAAGAUUUACUAGUUAGAAUUUUAUUGUUGGCAGCAUGUAUAUCUUUUGUUUUGGCUUGGUUUGAAGAAGGUGAAGAAACAAUUACAGCCUUUGUAGAACCUUUUGUAAUUUUACUUAUAUUAGUAGCCAAUGCAAUUGUGGGUGUAUGGCAGGAAAGAAAUGCUGAAAAUGCAAUCGAAGCCCUUAAGGAGUAUGAGCCUGAAAUGGGCAAAGUGUAUCGACAGGACAGAAAGAGUGUACAGCGGAUUAAAGCUAAAGACAUAGUUCCUGGUGAUAUUGUAGAAAUUGCUGUUGGUGACAAAGUUCCUGCUGAUAUAAGAUUAACUUCCAUCAAAUCUACUACCCUAAGAGUCGACCAGUCAAUUCUUACAGGUGAAUCUGUCUCUGUCAUCAAGCACACUGACCCUGUCCCUGACCCACGGGCUGUCAACCAGGAUAAGAAGAACAUGCUCUUUUCUGGUACAAACAUUGCUGCUGGCAAAGCCAUGGGAGUGGUGGUGGCAACUGGAGUUAACACUGAAAUUGGCAAGAUCCGAGAUGAAAUGGUGGCGACGGAGCAGGAGAGAACGCCCCUCCAGCAGAAACUAGAUGAGUUUGGGGAACAGCUUUCCAAAGUCAUCUCCCUUAUUUGCAUUGCAGUCUGGAUCAUAAACAUUGGGCACUUUAACGACCCAGUUCACGGCGGCUCCUGGAUCAGAGGUGCUAUUUACUACUUUAAAAUUGCUGUGGCCCUGGCUGUAGCAGCCAUCCCUGAAGGUCUGCCUGCUGUCAUCACCACCUGCCUGGCUCUCGGGACUCGCAGAAUGGCAAAGAAAAAUGCCAUUGUUCGAAGUCUCCCUUCUGUGGAAACCCUCGGUUGUACUUCUGUUAUCUGCUCAGACAAGACUGGUACGCUUACAACAAACCAGAUGUCAGUCUGUAGGAUGUUCAUUCUGGACAAAGUUGAAGGUGAUACUUGUUCCCUUAAUGAGUUCACCAUAACUGGAUCGACAUAUGCACCUAUUGGAGAAAUACAUAAAGAUGAUAAACUAGUGAAGUGUCAUCAGUAUGAUGGUCUUGUGGAAUUGGCAACAAUCUGUGCUCUCUGUAAUGACUCUGCUUUGGAUUAUAAUGAGGCGAAGGGUGUGUAUGAAAAAGUUGGAGAAGCUACAGAGACUGCUCUCACUUGCCUGGUAGAGAAGAUGAAUGUAUUUGAUACCGAAUUGAAGGGUCUUUCUAAAAUAGAACGAGCCAAUGCCUGCAACUCGGUCAUUAAACAGUUGAUGAAAAAAGAAUUUACUCUAGAGUUUUCACGGGAUAGAAAAUCAAUGUCAGUUUAUUGUACACCAAACAAACCGAGCCGGACAUCCAUGAGCAAGAUGUUUGUGAAGGGUGCUCCUGAAGGCGUCAUCGACAGGUGCACUCACAUCCGCGUCGGGAGUACGAAGAUCCCCAUGACUCCUGGAGUCAAGCAGAAGAUCAUGUCUGUCAUCCGGGAGUGGGGCAGCGGCAGCGACACACUGCGAUGCCUGGCCCUGGCCACUCACGACAACCCCCUGAGAAGAGAAGAAAUGAACCUUGAGGACUCUGCCAACUUUAUUAAAUACGAGACCAACCUGACAUUCGUCGGCUGCGUGGGCAUGCUGGACCCUCCGAGGAUCGAAGUAGCCUCCUCUGUGAAGCUGUGCCGGCAGGCGGGCAUCCGGGUCAUCAUGAUCACAGGCGACAACAAGGGCACCGCCGUGGCCAUCUGCCGCCGCAUCGGCAUCUUUGGGCAGGACGAGGAUGUGACCACGAAGGCUUUCACGGGUCGGGAGUUUGAUGAGCUCAGUCCCUCCGCCCAGAGAGAAGCCUGCUUGAACGCCCGCUGUUUCGCUCGGGUUGAACCUUCCCACAAGUCUAAAAUUGUAGAAUUUCUUCAGUCUUUUGAUGAGAUUACAGCCAUGACUGGGGACGGUGUGAACGAUGCUCCCGCUCUGAAGAAAUCUGAGAUCGGCAUUGCCAUGGGCUCUGGCACCGCGGUGGCUAAAACUGCCUCUGAGAUGGUCCUGGCUGACGACAACUUCUCCACCAUCGUGGCUGCCGUGGAGGAGGGGCGGGCGAUAUACAACAACAUGAAGCAGUUCAUCCGCUACCUCAUCUCGUCCAACGUGGGGGAGGUUGUCUGUAUUUUCCUGACAGCAGCCCUUGGCUUUCCUGAGGCAUUAAUUCCUGUCCAGCUGCUCUGGGUCAAUCUGGUGACAGACGGCCUGCCUGCCACUGCCCUGGGGUUCAACCCUCCUGAUCUGGACAUUAUGAACAAACCACCCCGGAACCCCAAGGAACCGCUGAUCAGCGGGUGGCUCUUUUUCCGCUACCUGGCUAUUGGCUGUUAUGUUGGCGCUGCUACUGUGGGGGCUGCCGCCUGGUGGUUCAUUGCUGCCGAUGGUGGUCCGAGGGUGACCUUCUACCAGCUGAGUCAUUUCCUACAGUGUAAAGACGACAACCCGGACUUCGAAGGAGUGGAUUGUGCAAUCUUUGAAUCCCCGUACCCGAUGACAAUGGCGCUGUCUGUUCUAGUCACCAUAGAGAUGUGUAAUGCCCUCAACAGCUUGUCUGAAAACCAGUCCCUACUGAGGAUGCCCCCUUGGGAGAAUAUCUGGCUCGUGGGCUCCAUCUGCCUGUCCAUGUCGCUCCACUUCCUAAUCCUCUACGUGGAACCCUUGCCACUUAUCUUCCAGAUCACACCGCUGAAUGUGACCCAGUGGCUGAUGGUGCUGAAAAUCUCCUUGCCCGUGAUUCUAAUGGACGAGACCCUCAAAUUUGUGGCCCGCAACUACCUGGAACCUGGUAAAGAGUGUGUGCAGCCUGCUACCAAAUCCUGCUCGUUCUCGGCAUGCACCGAUGGGAUUUCCUGGCCCUUUGUGCUGCUUAUAAUGCCCCUGGUGAUCUGGGUCUAUAGCACAGACACUAACUUUAGUGACAUGUUCUGGUCUUGACUGACAGUUUUACAUAAAGAAGAUGUUUAACUUAAUUAAUUUUUUUAUUGUUUAAAGCAACUGUCUUAUUUCUGCUGAAUUUUCACAUGAACAUAUUGGCUGGUGAAGGAGGUUUCAUAUUCUAGAUUUUGUUUUGCUUUUUCUGACUCCAGUGGGGCAAGAGUUUCCUUUUUUUAUACACAUAAAGUGUCCAUUGACAUGUACAGAGAACUAACACUAUUUUAUGCAAAUAUUUUUUUGUAGAUGAAACAGCAUGUACAGUGUUCUGUUUAAUACUCAUCCUUGUAUAAAAAAAUAGUUGAGCCAGCAGACAUUGGCAGCAAAUUAAUUGGCAGCAGAUUUUAGGAAAUGAAUGUGUUGUUUUUUCUAAAACUAAAUAGCAUGUGUUGUGUCUUUUGCAUGGUCAUCUGGAUUUAAUCUGAGAUCACAGUCUGAUUUUUAUUCGUAAGCCAAUUUUUCUGCACUGAGCAGAGUACUGCUACCUCAGUCAGUAUUUUUUGGUUUGCCACCCCUUCACCCUCUCAGCCCUCGUUCACCCCCACCCCUCACCCCGCUCGGCUGCUUCUCCUGUAGGGUUUUGAUGGUUCUGUUUACAUCAGUCUUAACAAGAGGUAUGCCUGUUCUCGCUUGUGCAGAAAACAUUGUUCCAGAUUCAAUCGACUGGGUUCGUGUCCCCUCACGUAGUUUUUAAGGUUAUUUAUUUAAACGUCUAAUGUAUUUUAUUGUAACAGACAUUGUUUUGCCAAUAUUGCCUAUUUCAGUGGCACUUCACAAUCUAGUUUAAAAAGAAAAAUAAAACCUUUUAAAUGGACAGAGAAAAAUAACUGUCUUGUUUUUAAAUCUUAAGUGACUUAGUUUGGACUAAUAGGUGUGUCCAGCUUUUCUCUUAAGUCCUUAGCUCAGAACUUCAGUUUUACUGUGCUCAAGGGGAAGAAGGGUCCUGUUCUGCUGCAUAUAGGUCGUUGUAGGAAUUUUAUUUUUAAGGCAUAGGCACCACUUGUCAUCUGUGAUACAUUGUAUGCAAGUCUCUGCUGGCCGGUUUUAGCCUGGUGUAGAGGGGCAUAAGGGCAAGUGUGUUUGUGUGUGUGUAUGUGUGUGUGUGUGUGUGUGUGUUUUGUAAAAUCUGUAAAUAGCACAUGACCAAAUGAACAUAUUGUAUAGAACUAUUUUUAUUUGAAUGUGGCACUAACCACCACUGUUACUAUGAUACAUGUUUGUGCAUGUUGGAGAUCAGUCUUACCAACAGUGUGUAAGUCAUUAACAGUCCUAACCGUGGUGUUUUCCUCCAAUGCCUUCCAACAUCCAUCAACUAACGUGAGUAUUCCCUGAAAUUUGGAUGCUUUAGCCUAAAGGUGACUGCCACCAAGUGAGCUGGCUGUGUGACGCUAACAAAUGAGCAUCUUGUGCCAGGUGCCCCGAGAGCAGCGCAUGCAGGAUACGUGGUACCUGUGCAGACGUGGGCCGGGCCGGCUGACCCAAGAGUGCUGUCCUAGACCCCACACACCGCCAUAACAGUGGCACAGCCGGACGGCAGGGGAGGGCCUGGGGGAAGAAAAACUGCUUUAGUCAGACUGACAAGCUGAGGGAGCUGUGCCUUCACAAGUGCUGAGAUGAGGGUUUACAGAAACCUCUUUGUUAGCUGCAAGGGUUUGUCCCAGAAUUUUGCUAAUUCUGGUUCACUAAAAAGCCAAAAGCUAGCGGGGAAGGAGGGAUAGCUCAGUGGUAGAAUGUGUGCACAGGGUCCUGAGUUCAGUCCCCAGUGCCUCCGCUAAGGGGGGCGAGGAGUUUAGAGCCAAAAGCAAGUGAGAGGUGGUAACUACACCAGUGAACUCGUGCAUCCAUUGGUUCAUCUUAAAUAGGCCACCUGUUUUCAACUGGGUCAUAUCCGUGUGGCUGGGACUUAGCUUUUCUCUCAGGGUACAUUACAGCACAGUUAUCAGGUUGUUAGCCAGGGUGAAGGAGGCUAGGCAGUAGCUCCCUCCCCGAGAAGCCUCAGGUCUCCUCAUGAAGGUACUUGGGACCUGGUUUCUGGCCCGGUCAGAAGACAUGAUGUAAAUGCUGGGAGUUUGGGGAAAGGUUAACAGGUUAUUGAGCAGGACGAGGUGCUGCCAAGUUGAGGUCCCAGUGUAAGGGGGUGGAAGUGGCACAUGGAGACUGAGUCUUAAUGCAGAGAGUCCUGGCCUGGCUCUCAGAAGGGGAGGCUGGUUUGCUCGGCAGAGAAUGGAGCGGGUACGUUUUGCUGGUUUUAACAAGGUGUAGAAACAGGUUGAGUGGGUCAAAUGCGAGGAGCAUGUCUUGGCUGCAAACCAGAACAGGCUCUCUGAGCUUGUUGGGUGGGGUGCUGUUCAGUGGAAACCAAACUAACCUAAUAGUCGACUUCUCCUGAGUCAGUUCCUUGAUUUACUGACCUUUACAAAACAAGCUGAAUGGUGUGGGCUGUUGCAGGAGACGUGCACGGCCCUAGAUGGUCCCGGGUGGCUGCUGCCUUGCGGCUUCUCACCUUCAGACCUGUCCGGCCCACAGGGGUGGUUUUGGGCACCCACCUGCCUCAGCCCAGACAGCUGGGAGUGGGGAAGACCACUGCUGCUGCAAGCAGAGUCCCUCUGUCUGGUCUGCUUCAGUCUUUGCCACCGAAAACCUCGUCUGCACUGACACCUCAUCAGCAACCGUGCUGCUGUGGGCACAGCCUUGGCCUCCGUCCUCUAGAGGGUGGAGCUGCCCGGCCCCUCACCAGAUGCCUGCAGGGAGGCCCGCUCUGCCAUGGCCGUUAACGGUGGGGCGGCCGUGCAAGUGCCGUCGGGCAGCUUCUGCCUGCAACGUGCUUCACGUCCUUUCCCCACAAGCAAGUGGGCUAAAGAUCUGUCCUGUCAAAGCGUUCUGUUCUUUGCCACCACAUGCCUGGUCCCACCUCUUUAAUGGAACUCUGCCCUUUACCCAGAAGGUGGCGAUCUUACAUGACCCCUAAACGGAUCCCAUGCCGGCAGCUCGUUCUGCAUCUGCACAAGGCAGGUGACCUGUUGGGCAGGGGCAACUACAGGAGCUCAGACCAGGGCAGCUGCCAGCUCCCUCACAAGCAGCUGCGGCCACAUCACCACCCAGCUGGGCCCUCUGCCCCCGGACAUUGGGUGGGCAGACCUCAGGAAUGUGUGAGGCCACAGCAUUAGCUCAGUGUCUGCCACGCCUGCUUCGUCAGCCUGGAGGCACCAGAUUCUGUCAAAACCACCACCCUGAGAUUACCGGGUUAACCUGGUUUACAAGGGUCAGCUGCCACCUUCUUUCUUGAAAGGGAAUGAUAAUGAGCAGGCCCCCCAGGGAAGGGAGGGGCGGGAGCCCGAGGCUCGGUGCUGAUUACCACGCUCCUCACUCUCCUUACCCUCCGCACUGCUAACCGAGACCUUUCCUUCUCCUGUUACACCUGAAGUGUACCUGGUGGGACUGUCCUGUGAGCCAGGGGUGACUUUGCUCUGGAGCCAAGACGACACGGGGGGGGGGGGGGGUUCUGUGAGCCAGUGCUUCUAGAUGCUACCCUGUGCGGGCAGCGCCUCAGGGACAGUUAAUCCGAAAUGCUGGUCUUGAAAUCUUAAGAGAUCAAACUGAAUAUUCCUUUUUCACCUUUUUCAUCUGUCACUAUUAAUCUUAGUCUUUUAUAGUUAUUCUAACAUUUCCUCCCUGUAUUUCAUAAAGCUGAUUUCCUCUCUCUUUCCUUUUCAGCAAUACUGGAGUAACCGCUUCCUAAACCAUUUUGCAGAAAUAAAAGGGUGUUCGGUUGCGUGCAUGUGCGUUUUUUUAGCAACACAUCUACCAGCCCUCUGCAUGACUGAUGUUGGGGGAAAAAGAAAAUUAGGGAAAAAUCCCCAACUCGUGUGUUAUGUGGAGGAAACGUGUACUACCAAUGGAGUUUUUAGCUUUUAAAUGAAACUAAUUACAAAUGUACAAUUUAGCUUAAUGAAUCAGAAAGCCUCUCCAGAGAAGCUUGGUUUCUUUGCUGCAAGAAAAAUGAGGUUCUGAAACCUUAUCCAAGAACUUAGAAGCCAUCAGCCAAGUCUCCAUAUUUCUCUGCAAAAUGUCAUAACUUAAAUAAAUGUACAAUAUUCAAUUGUAAUGCAUGCCUUCAGUUGUAAGUAGCCAGAUUUCUCUGUGGUGUCAUUGAAAUAUGCUACUUUUUAAUUGGCCCUGUACAGUUUGCUUAUUUAUAAAUAUAUUGAAAACACUACAGGUGUUGAAUGGUUAAAAUGUAGGCUUUCAGUUCAUAACUUAGCUAUUUUUUUGAGUGUGCAAACAGCUAUUUUGCACUGUAUUAAAUGUAACUUAUUUAAUGAAAUCAGAAGCAGUAGACAGAUGAUGGUGCAAUACAAAUUGUCAUGCAUUUAUAUUAAUAAAAUGCUAAAUGUCAAUUUAUCACAACGCAUGUUUGACUUUAGACUGUAAAUAGAGAUCAGUUUAUUUCUGUGCUGGUAACAAGCAUCGCACAGACAUGGUUUCAGGUAAAUAAAUCUAUUCUAUGAUAAGUUCA